CUGUCCUAUUACUUGCCCCUUCUCCAAUCGCCUCUCCCAUGUCGGCACGCGCCACCAUCACCACUGCUCUGCCUCGCCAGACUGCUUUGUGCGCUUCGAGUCUCCCGAAGGCGCCGCCAGCGCCCUCUCGAGACCCUACCCCAACGGCAUCGUCAACUUUGACAUGGCCAAGCAGAACUACGAAGUGCCCUAUCCACAGCCCGACGACGAUCCCAUCACCUGCUGCACCCUGCACAUUACCCAUCUGCCGACCAACUACUCCAAAGAGGAGAUGACCAAGAUCUUUAAGGUGUUCAGCGGAUUCCUCAGCGUCCACUUUUAUGGCAAGUACGGCUACGCCUACUUUGACGAAGACAGCAACGCUGCCGCCGCGCGCAACAUCCUGCGUGCCCAGACCAACCUUGUCGUGAGCUUCGCCAAGAAUGCCGUCAAGCCCGCCGUCGACGCCGCAGACCACUCGGACGACCUUCUCGCCAAAACAGCCGUCUCUACCAUCGCACCCUUCUCUGUCGCUCCUCCCUCUGUCACUAACCACCAAGCCCCCAUCCAGUCCUACCAGCAGUCGUUCUUGUCGGCGCCUUUCCAGCGUAGCGUGCACCUGGGCCAUCAUCGCCGCGCCUCAGCCGCCGAUGUCGAGCACCAGUCGUUCAUGAACCCGCCUUUCCGAAAGGAGUCGCCUCUGCCCAGUGGCGAGCCUCAGAAGGUCAUGCAGCGAUGGGGCCACCAGCGCAAGGUGUCCUCGAUCGAGCUUGGCCAGCACAACAACCCGCCUGUGCCCACCAUGCCCUGGGGCCGAUCUGCCUCGUACAUGAACUCCCGCCUCAGCAACGAGGACCGGCUCUGGCAGCCCAUGUCUUCGGCGGCGCACCCGAGCGUCGCCUUUGAUCCGGACGAAGGCGCCGAUAUUCUGCAGGAGGUCUCCAAGGUGCACGACCGCCGCAACAACAGCAUGAUGGACCCCCUCCUGGGCGGCCGCAUCCCCGCUCCCGCUGCGGCCAACCGAUAUCCCUAUGUCGACGGCGACGUGUCCUCGCUCGUCGAUAGCCUCUCCCCCCUGACGCUUUCUGAGUCCAACACCCCGCGAACCUCGCCUCACCUGCGCCACAUGCAGCAGCCGCAGCCCUCCCAGCGGCCCUUUGCCGUGCCCGGCCCCAUCGUCUCUCUGUCGCCUCCCCACUCUGACUCUCGAUCUGCGCUCUCGUGGACUGCCUCGUCGAGCGGUCUGCAGGCUCCCGAGCCGCUGCCCCGCGAGCUCGCCUUUCAGCAGGAGCUCUCGCGCGUCUUCCAGGCGAACCAGUCGUCCAUGUUCAGCCACGACAUUGGCUUUGCUCCUGAUGCUCCGAUCAUCAUGGGCGCUGCCGCCGUCAGCGGAUCUCCCGGAUACUCGAGCCGACCGUCCAACCCGGCCUCGAUGGGCCUCGGCGGCCUGACCUUCCGCCCAGACGACUUCGACUAUGUGCCGCCGGUCAACCAGGACCCGAUCAUCUCGAGCGGACCCAAGUGGUCCUUUGACCUGCCCCGAGAUCACAUCCCCGCCACCAGCUCGGACUGGACGCCGCUGAGCUCCCGUGCCCAGCUGGACUUUGGUCUGAAUUGAACCCAGCCAACCGAAUGGCGUUGACUGAAUCCGGCGGCUGGCUCGGGCGAUGCAACCGGCUGCCAGAGUGGUCUGGGACUCGCCUCCCCCUCCCUCUCUUGCUCCUCCAUCUUGUGCUCAGUGUGUGUGCGCGAAUCUUGCGCCUUUCGCCUAUUUAAUCAUUAU